UUGAAAAAUAAUUUUCGUAAGAGUGUGGAAGGAGUUGACUAGAAGUCUACUGUUAGAAAUCACAGGCGAUUUUAGAUGGCCACAGAAAGACUGACAAACAGCCGAUUUGACCCUAAUUGUAAAAUGUAAACGCUUGAAAAUAGUUAAUCCAUUACAGUUUCAUUUCACGUAAAGAAAAGUAAUUACUUAAAUAAUGAAAUAAAAUGAUUAGACGUAAAAAGAGAACAGGAAAGUAUCCGAUAAUUCUUACUUUCAUCAGUUCUCUAGUUUUUCUCUAAUUUCGAACAUGACGACAUGAUUUGCGUGGUAAAUAUUAUUUUCUGCUUUCAUUUUAAACAGUUUCCCUGUGACUACCGAUCGUCUUUGGGCACAAUAUUAUUUCAUUAAUUAAUUUCAAAUAGAAGUGCUGAAAAUUACUAUCCAGUGCAUAAAUUGAAAAAUAAGGGAUCAAUAUUUUUGUAAUGAAGUUGAAUGAAGCCCUCAUAAAGGACAGCCGAUGACAUCACACGCAGUAGUUCUCCAGCCAUCUUGUGAUGAUGACAAUAGCUUAUCCAAAACGACCUAAAAAUGGCGGCUUAUGAUGGAUUCUCAAGUUGUAAAUUCCUCCAUGUAUCCACGGUCGAUACUGAAAGAAAAUUCGGUAACGACAAUUUCAAAAUUAAUUUCCCAACACCUGCUAUCUUCUUCUUUGUCCACUCCCUUCCCACCUCUGUAUUCCAUCUGGCAAGGUAAUUUGGAGGAAAGUGGCCAAAAUUGGGUUCCUCGCAACUCAGAUUUGGGAUUUGCCAACUCAUUUGUAAAUGAUAAUCAGUUCUUGAAUCCAGCACCCAACAAAGUCGACGUGGGCUUGAGUGAAGACAUAGAAAAUACCUCAGCUAUCAUCAGCAGUUUCCUAUCACCUGAAAUAAAUUUUUUUUCGACGCUGAAUGAAACUUUGCCAUUCAUUGGCACAAUAGACGCACAUUCUCUCUCUCCUCGUGCGCUUGAAUUCAACUCUUCAGAACUGUUCGCAAAUGCGACAAUAGAAACUCCUCCUCUUUUGUUAUCAACAGAAAACGCGGCGUCUCCUCAGACCGGGAUCAUUUGGCAAACUAUAGUUCUCGUCAUUUUAAAGUUGAUAGUCAUGGGAGGCAUCAUUGUCGUUGCCAUACUCGGAAACAUUCUCGUAAUUGUGAGCAUCUUCCUCAACCACAGACUUCAUUCUUUAGCUAAUCAUUUUCUGAUCUCCCUUGCCACCGCAGAUAUCAUGGUGGCAGUUUGCGCCAUGAGCUUCAAUGCCUCAGUUCAAAUUUCAGGAUUUUGGAUGUUUGGAUCCAUAAUCUGUGAUCUUUGGAACUCUUUCGACGUAUAUUUUUCCACUGUGUCCAUACUUCACUUGUGUUGUAUAAGCAUGGAUAGAUACUACGCUAUACUCAAGCCGUUAGAGUAUCCAAUCUACAUGACGAGGAAAGUGGUUUUCUUCAUGAUCGCUAUUUCUUGGCUGCUGCCAACUUUAAUUUCGUUCCUCCCCAUCUUUUUGGGCUGGUAUGCGACAGCGGAUCAUCUGCAAAUACGAGCUCUGGAUCCAUAUUCAUGUACAUUUGAAGUUAAUUCCGGUUACGCAUUGCUUUCAUCAGGUUUAUCUUUUUGGACACCAUGCACAGUCAUGCUUGUCAUGUAUUUCCGUAUUUUCCAAGAGGCCCGUAAGCAAGAAGCUGCAAUCAUGAGUCGCACUAACAGCACCUGCCACAUGAAUAACAGUAGGAAAAAAACACCAAGACGAUCACGUUUGAGAAGAUUUUUCUCAUUCGGUGUGAGUGCACGAGCAAGAAGAGGUAGUUCCGAGCGGCAAGAGCUUUCACAUCUCCAGCUGAAACAUUUACCGGCAAUAGCCGAGGCAACCAGAAAAUCCCAAUGCCAACUCCGUGACAGUCUGAACCAAGGCAGACCAUCUGUUACGGAAUCCAUAGUGUCUGUGACGCGAUGUUCCGUAGGCAGCAGUCCGUGUCUGUGUUCUUUGAGUGACAAGGAUACAUCAGCCGAGUACUCGAAUACGCUCCCAAAGGACAAAAGCCGACGCGUUUCACUGCCUUUGCACGAUCGAUCUGAUGUCGGAACGAUUCCAGCGAGGGAUUUCUCAUUGAGACAGGAGUACAAUAAUGCACUCAGAAAAAUGACUGAGGGAGAUGAGAUUAAAACAGAAUCAAAGAACGCUGAAUUUCAAUCGAUUCCAGAAGACCACAUCUGCACCAAUUCUAAAAAGCGAGUACAAACACAAGAUUAUUUUGAGCCACAGAGUGAGAAAUGCCCACUCUCAGAAACUGAUCUGAACCGCACACAGGAUUACGACCCUACAAUAGAGGAAACAGAGUUGAAACUUCUUGGUUCUGCAGAUCAAGACGCACGGGUUACGGUACCCGACAAUUCGGCAGUUACUUGGAAACGUUCAAGUUACUCGAGUGCAGAAGAACGACUCACGUCCCCACACGCGAGCAUAAAAAAGCUAAGUCAGCGUUCGCGUGGAGACUCGGUCGUAUUGGAAGGUCGAUCCGCUCCACAUGCGCCGAUGAUGAAGCGGGAGCAUAAAGCUGCCAGAACUCUUGGCAUUAUCAUGGGUGCUUUCAUUGCCUGUUGGCUGCCCUUCUUCACUUGGUACGUUGCUGUGCACAUCUGUCGUGAGUCAUGUCCUACUCCAGAACCUGUAGUCACUUUGUUAUUCUGGAUCGGGUAUUUUAACUCUACGCUCAACCCCUUCAUUUACGCAUACUUUAGGGCUGAUUUCAGAGAAGCCUUCCGAAAAACACUGCGACGUUUCCGGUGUCCAGGAUUUAGGUCUGCGUCGUUCUCCUCAUAUUAAAUAGGAAUUUAGAAAUAUAUGUUUAGCUAGAAAAUAUCGCUGACGUGCGUUGUACUAAUUAUUGUCAGUAAUUACGUCAUGACCUGUACAUAUUUAAUUCACUGCUAGUAUAAAGUUGAUUUUAAGAUACAAAUAAGACUA